AUGGACCUGUCGUGGGAUGGGAUGGGAAGAGGAGGCUGGCUGCUGUGGGCCGGCGGGGUGUUGGCGAGCCUGGCGGGCACGGCGCUCUUCAUGCGCGACCUGUGGCGGACUGCGAGCGAGACGCCCACGGCCACGUCGGUGGCCACCACGCACCACCCGCUGUCCUCCGUGCCCUUCCCCGCCGUCACCGUCUGCUCCAUCAACAGGGUCCAGCGGUCUAGGCCAGAUAAAAGACUGCAGUUCUGUACUAGGUACUCUGUACUCAUUGGAAAGGCGAACCCUCCAGAAACGAUUCAUGAAAUAGAGGGCUUAGAGUCAGCGGGCCUCAGCAGAGAGGCGUACAAUCAGUUCCUCUUCAAUAUGGUAGACAUGGCACUGCCAGAGGAAUCCACAUCCGUGUCUGAGGACGCCAUAGCGGUGCAGACCUUCCUUUUGGCCAAAAACUACACGCUUGGGAGCGUAAUGAAGCAGGUUACUCAACCAUGUGAAGAAAUGGCCCUCCAAUGUCGCUGGAGGGGGAAGUCCUGCAAAUGCAAGGAGCUGUUCAGACGCCGGAAAACUGACGCCGGAUACUGCUGCUCUUUCAACUACGAGAGCGUGCGCACGAACGCUGCCGGCCUGCUGUCGGGUGUGACGGUGCUACUGGACCCCCAGCUGGAGGACUACCAGGCGGCCACCUUCUCCUUCUAUGGCUUCCAGGUGCUGGUGCACUCGCCGGUCGAGUUCCCCGACGUCAUCGCCAGGGGACACAUCGUGAAGCCCGCGUCGGAGGCGUUCCUCCAGGUGACGGCAGAGCAGACGAUGAGCACGGACGCGGUGCGCCGGCUGUCGCUGCAGCAGCGCCAGUGCCUGUACCCCAACGAGGGCGGCUACGCCACGGCGAGGAUCGACUACUCGCGCUCCAACUGCCUCACUGCCUGCCGCGCCAGACACAUGAUGCGCCGUUGCCGCUGCGUCCCCUACUUCUACCCGUCCGUCCUCAGGUUCUUCAGCAGCUUCAAACCAGACAGUGGGGAAGUGUCUGGAGAUGAAUCAGGCAUGUCCUGCGACUGCUACCCUGGUUGCUUCGACAUCGCUUAUUACCUCAGUGCUACGUCGGGAUGGCUCUUCCAGUCCCAGUACGACACCACCAAAUUCUUGUAA